AUGACUAGCAAAAUCGAAGAAUUAAAAGAAUUGAUUGAAGGAUCUAAAAAGAAGGGUAAGGAACGAAGGUGCACAUAUAAGGACUUCAUGUCUUGCAAUCCUACAACGUUUGAUGGCAAAAUCGAUCCGAUAGCAUUCCAAAGAUGGAUUUCAAACAUAGAGGCGGUGUUUAUACGAAGUCGGUGUGAUAAGGAAGAUCAAGUGAUGUUUGCUACUGGCCAACUCGCUCUCCAGGCGAAAGAUUGGUGGGAUGCGCAUAGCAAGGAAAUAGGGGAGGAUAGACUCAAAAUGAUGACUUGGCAAAAAUUUAAGGAGCCCUUUAUGAGAUACCAUUGCCCUCAGUCAGCUAUUGAUAAGAUUCAGGAGGAUUUCUUGCGCCUCCGACAGAAAAACGAGUCAAUAAAUGAAAUAUCAAAUACCUUCAUGGAUAAGAUGAAGUUCUGUGGGGAUUUUGUGAAGACUGAAAGGAUGAAGAUCAAUCGCUUUUACGGGGUAUUGAAGGCGGAAUUUAGGGAGUUCAUCACUCCCUCGAAAUGUGAGACCCUUGAUGAGCUUAUCAAUCUAGCACGGGAUAGAGAAAUCGAAAUUAAGAGGCAAGAAGAACGUGGUGAAAAGAGAUCAAGUGAAAAAGGUGCAAGUUCGAGUUCAUCUAAAAAGGGGAAGUAUCAAGAGCAAGGAAGGAAAGAUAAGUCGAAGGGUGGUAUUACUCCUUGCAAGACUUGUGGAAAACUUCAUACUGGAGAGUGUCUGUUAGGCAAGAAAGGGUGCUACAAAUGUGGUAAGGAGGGACAUUCGUCUUAUCAAUGUCUAAGUAACCCGAAGACUUGUUUCAAUUGUUCCGAAAGGGGGCACCUUAAAUCGGAAUGUCCAAAACUUCAGCAAGAGUCGCAAAAGGAAGAAAAGAAGCAAGAGGGUUCUAGGGCUAAAGGAAGGAUGUUCCAAAUCACAUCCGAGGAGGCUAAGGUUCAUCCGAAUGGCGUUUCAGGUAUCUUCUUAUUAAAUUCUAUGCCGGUUCAUGUUUUGUUUGAUACCGGAGCCACUAUGUCGUUUAUUUCAAAUGAAAUCGUACAACAUCCUUCAUUUAAGAUUGAACGAAUGCCGAUGCCUUUAGAAGUAGAAAUUGCCGAUAGUAAAACCUACAUGUUACACGAGAUUUGUAGAAAUUGCAAAUUUACUAUAGAAGAUGAAGAAUUCGAUAUCGACCUCAUACCUAUGGUUUCGGGGGAAUUUAAAAUGAUAGUGGGAAUGGAUUGGUUGGCACGACACCAUGUAGAAAUUAAUUGUGAAAGUAAGAUAAUGUUAGUUCAAGCUCCAAGUGGAAGGCAUUUGAGUAUUCAAGGGGAGAGAAACGUGAAAACCAAAUUGUGCACCCUUGUUCAAGCUGUUAAACACGUGCUUAACGGGAGUAGAGUAUACCUAGCAUAUGUAGUAGACGCUCGACAAACCCUCCCGAAACUUGAAGAUGUUGAGGUCGUGAAUGAAUUUCGGGAUGUAUUUCUGGCGGAAUUGCCGGGACUCCCUCCCGAACGAGAAAUAGAAUUUCGUAUCGAAUUAAAUCCGGGUGCGAAAUCGGUUGCGAAGGCUCCCUAUAGGGCGAGUUGGUUCUCUAAGAUUGACCUGCGUUUGGGGUAUCAUCAAGUCAGAGUACGAGGGGAAGACAUUGCAAAGACCACAUUUAGAACCCGAUACGGACAUUACGAGUUCUUAGUUAUGUCCUUUGGAUUAACAAACGCUCCAGCAACGUUUAUGGAUCUUAUGAACCGGGUAUGCCGACCUAUGUUAGAUAAGUCUGUGAUUGUAUUCAUAGACGAUAUCCUUGUUUAUUCGCGAAGUAAGGUUGAACAUGCGACGCAUUUGCGAGAAGUACUUGAAAUACUCCGUAAAGAAAAACUCUAUGCGAAAUUCUCAAAGUGUGCCUUCUGGCUCAGAGAGGUGCAGUUUCUCGGCCACGUAAUUAACUCGGAAGGUGUUUUGGUAGAUUCGUCGAAGAUUGAUGCCGUGAUGAAAUGA